UUUCCUUAGCUUAUCUGGAGGAACAGGGAAAGGAGGGAGAGGAGGAGAAUCCAACAUAUAGCCAAGCUCUGUUAAUCCGGCAUCCACUCCUCCUUGUUUCCUCCCCCCCCCCUUUCCCUUUGCCCAUCCCUCCUUUCCCUCCUUCGUCCCCUACAAAAUAUAUAUAUAUAUAUUUUUUUUUAAGUAGUAUUGAUCUUUAACCAACGCAAUCAUAUUUCAAAGUCCAACCUGGCAGGCAAAAUGUAAAGGAGGAUGUCGGUGGUGGACGAGACGAGCGGUUGGGGACAGUGAGCGCGGACCGGCCCGUGGAACGCUGCCUCCCCUUAACCGAUUGGGAUUUACAGACUGCAGAAGUUUAUGAAGGAAAAGAAUAUUUAGACUCUGAACUCUUGAAAGAAAAAAGAAAAAAAACAAGGUGGCAACUUGCAUUUCCUUCACUCAUUCAUUUGCAAUUCUUUUAUACUUGGCUGGACAGAAAAAGACAGAAGAAAGAAGAGACAGAACCACCACCUUCCUAGAACUUAAGUAUUUAAAUGUCUCAUGAACACUCUUUGCAGUACAUGAUAUAUGCCUGUGGUCGGUUUUCCUAUUCCCUUGCUUGAAAAUUCAGGUCCGGGAGCAACUUGACGUGGGUCGUUAUAAGAGAAACCUGCGUUGCCGAGGGGACCCUGCAUUUGUGUACAGUGGUAACCAUGCCGAAACCUUAUGUGGAAUACUUGUACGGAACCUCUGAUGUCUUAUGUGCAAUCGGUUGCUGACUUCUGCUGUCUGUGUGAAUUGUAUUUUUUUUUUUUUUUUGCUUUCUGAAAGUGGUGUUGGCGGGAGGGGGGCAUCUUAGGGGUUAGGGGAGGUUCGCCUGAUGUUUGAUCAGGCUACUAGUAUGGGUGAUGGAGUGUCCGAGGAGAGGAGCCCUCUGUGUGGCAAAUCAGCUACGUCGUGUACAGAGCGACUCAGAGACAAGGGAACCAGGACGGAUCUGGAGUGUUCCCUACGAGGGCACAGUAUAAAGGACAUUCCUGUGACCUCCACCUCCAGCCCGGGAUCGUCCAAAGAGGAAGGUCAAGACAAUCAGUCCGCAGGAGAAGCUGAUUACUGUAGACGGAUCCUGGUCAGAGAUGCCAAAGGAACGAUCCGGGAGAUCGUUCUUCCCAAAGGCUUGGACCUUGACCGGCCGAAGCGCACCAGGACUUCCUUCACGGCGGAGCAGCUAUACCGGCUGGAGCUGGAGUUCCAGAGAUGCCAGUACGUUGUCGGCAGGGAGAGGACAGAAUUGGCCAGACAGCUCAACUUGUCUGAGACGCAGGUGAAAGUCUGGUUCCAGAAUCGGAGGACCAAGCAGAAGAAGGACCAGAGCAGGGACUCUGAGAAACGCUCUUCCUCCACCUCUGAAUCAUUUGCUACUUGUAAUAUUUUAAGGUUGUUGGAACAAGGUAGACUAUUGUCAGUCCCUGCGCCACCCAAUUUGCUUUCUCCUGGUCAAAACCCAAUAGUCACUUCAUCGGCAAACGGGUCAAGCCUGGGAACUUCAGGAAGCACUUCGCCUGGUAUCAGUAGUAGCCCUCCUGGAUCUGGAGCCUUCACCCUUCAAGUUCCGUCCUUAGGUUCCUCAACAUCUCCAAGAUUACCAGCCUCGCUUUGUUUCCCUGGUCACUUGUUGGGGGGCCUACAUGAAAUACCCACUGGGUAUGGACUAGGGAGCUCAGCCUUUGAGCCUUAUACCCGCCUGGAAAGAAAAGACAAUAUCUCCAGCAAAAAGCCAAGUUCCUAAGAAUCGUUACUGAUGUGAAGGUGUCAAAGUCCACUGUGUUUGCUUCCUGUCCACACACCUAGUGACUGGUCUUGCAAGUCAAAUACCAAGAGACUGUUUAACCAAAUGUGUCUAGUGGUGUGUGUGUGUGUGUGUAUUUCACGGUGAUAAAAUCUGUACGGUAUGUACAGAACCCGGAGGCUGCAGUAGGACAUGUCAAGUUGGGGAAAGGGUGUGAGGGGAGGGGCAGGACUGUUUCCAGCAAGCGUAAAUUGGUCAACAAGUACUCUUGACACAUUACUAUGUAAUAUGUACCAUCCCCUACUCCAUAUUAAUGACCCAAUACUUGAAAUUCGCACCAGGUAAUAAGUUAUAACAGAGUCAUAAUACAGCUCAGAGGCAAUGUAGAUCAGGGCUCUAAAAGCAUUAUUUAUCCCAGAAACAUAGAAGAUAGAUGCAGGACACAAAUUUAAAGGAGAACUAAUAAUACUUUUUAUUUUUCCCAUUUUAUUUAAUACAUGGUGAACUUUGUAACCUCAGCUUUCCUGUGUUGUCAGAGGAGCACAGAGACAAUAGAUCUGCUGUAAUGACAGUGACAUAAUGUGAGGAGAGGAAUGGAGGCAGCAAGAAGCCACAGACUGAGAGUUAUACAGUGGGAGGAGGUGGGUCUCCCAGCAGCACAGAGUAUAUCAGGAGAUGAGUGAUGUGUUAGUGAGGACAGGGCUACAUGUGACUGGGACGGUGACAUGAUGUGAGGAGGGGAAUGGAGGCAGCAGGAAGCCACAAACUGAGAGUUAUAUAGUGGACGUAGCAGAGUCCCCCAGCAGCACAGAGUAUAUCAGGAGAUGAGUGACAUGUCAGUGAGGACAGGGCUACAUGUGACAUGAUGUGAUGAGGGGAAUGGAGGCAGCAGGAAGCCACAGACUGGGAGUUAUAUAGUGGAAGGAGUAGAGUCCUCAUCAGCACAGAGUAUAUCAGGAGAUGAGUGAUGUGUCAGGGAGGACAGGGCUACAUGACUGGGGCAGGGGCAUGAUGUUUGGAGGGGAAUGGAUGCAGCAGGAAGCCACAGACUGAGAGUCACAUAGUGGAAGGAACAGGGUUCCCCAGCAGCACAGAGUAUAUCAGGAGAUGAGUGACAUGUCAGUGAGGACAGGGCUGCAUGUGACAGGGGCAGUGUCGUGAUGUGAGGAGGGGAAUGGAGGCAGCAGAAAGUCACAGACUGGGAGUUAUAUAGUGGAAAUGAGCAGGGUCCCCAGCAGCACAGAGUACAUCAGUAGAUGAGUGACAUGUCAGUGAGGACAGGGCUGCAUGUGACAGGGGCAGUGACAUCAUGGGAGGAGGAUAAUGGAGGCCACAGGAAGCCACAGACUGAGAAUGAUACAGUGUGAGGAGCACGAUCCCCCAGCAAUACAAAGUAUAUCAGGAGAUGAGUGAUGAGUCAGUGAGGACAGGGCUGCAUGUGACAGGGGCAGUGAUAUGAUGUGAGGAGGGGAAUGGAGGCAGCAGGAAGCCACAGACUGAGAGUUAUAUAGUGGAAGGAGCAAGUUCCCCAGAAGCACAGAGUAUAUCAGAAAGGGAUCCGGUCUGAAGUUCCUAGGUCGACAAUAUGUAGGUCGACCACUAUAGGUUGACAGUCACUAGGUCAACAUGUUUUCAAGGUCGACAGGGUUUAUAGGGCGACAUGUUCUAGGUCAAAAGGUCAACAUGAGUUUUUUCACAUUUUUUUUCUUUUUUUUAACUUUUUCAUACUUAACGAUCCACGUGGACUACGAUUGGGAACAAUAACCUGUGCCGAGUGCAGCGAAGCACCUUGCCCGAAGUUUGCUCGCCAUGCGAGGGGGCACGGUGCACUAAUUGGGCUUCUCGGUCACUGUACAGAGAAAUCAACACCAAAAAAACAUGAAAAACUCAUGUCAACCUUUUGACCUGUCAACCUAGAACAUGUCAAACCUAGAAACCCUGUCGACCUUCAAACCCUGUCGACCUAGUGACUGUCGAUCUAUAGUGGUCAACCUAAACAUUGUCGACCUAGACACUGUCGAUCUAAUGAUCCACACCCAGAAAGAAAAUUGGUCAUGUGUUAGUGAGGACAGGGCUGCAUGUGUCAGGGGCAAUUACAUGAUGCCCAAUUUAGUUAACCCCUCCCACAAUUGUACAUUCUUUGUUUCUGUGUGCGUAAAAGCAGCCAUUAGAUGAUGGUUCUUUAUUCAAGAUCCUAACAAUAUUAUUUCAGCAGAGCAACCGUGCCCAAAUAAGUUAUGCUCUGGAUAAUGGUGUAACCGAUGCAGAGAGCAAAGCAGAUCUGUGCUGUAUCCAAGGGUAAAGUAUUUGAGCCUGAUAGUAUAAAGCAUGGCUGAAAACCCCAGAAAGAAGCUAGUUUUAAACACAUAUUUAGGAGAAACAUCCUGUCACUGAGGGACCAGCUUUGCGUUCACACACUACAGUCAGUGAUGCUGUCACAUAGGUCAUACAUGUUUCUUACAUGACCUUUUCUACAUAUCACGUCACUGCUUGUUUUUUCAUUUAGUUCUCCUUUAAAUUAAAAGCCAUGAGGUUUCCUGUAGGGCCGUCAGCACAUACACAACAAGCACUGUAUGUCUGAGAUCAGGUCCAAGGCCGAAUCCUGUAAAACCUGCUCAUUCCCAGGGUUGUAAUGUGAUUUAUUAUUGAUAUUUAUAGCAUUUCGGACAUCUCAUUUAGGGACCUAUUUAUCAAAUAAUAUUUGUGGGCGAUCCCCCUGGAAACAUCCGAUUUUAAGGGAUACCCACAAAUAUUAAGUAUCACCCCAGCUACAAUGGAGGGACGAAGUGGAUUUUCUCCAUAUCUGCCUCGUUCCGUCCAUUUCCAACAGCCACCGUAACUUCCAUAGGUUUCCAUGAGGGCUACGAAGCUGCAAUCUUUAGAUGAGUGGUACCUUAUAAUACGAUCUACACUCCACUGACUUUUCCGGGAGAGGGCUCUGUAGGGAUCCCCUCUGCUGCCCACUCACACAAGUUCUAUGUCGGUCUGCGCUUGCACAGCUGGGCAGAGUAGAAAGUAAAGGGAUCCAUCCAGGUUGCGAUCAAUGGGGGUAAUUCCAAGUUGAUCGCAGCAGGAAAUUUUU